GCCUGCUUCGUCUUCGGCCUCUGCCUACAUACUACUCAUACAGCACAUCACGGACCAGCUACUCGAAACGGUCAGCUAACGAGCGGUCGCCGCGCCAAGGUAGCGGGUUAUGGGUCGGGUGAGCCCGCUAACGUCUUGUCCCUUGAACCUGGCUUGCAUCCAUCUUCCUCCCUCUCUCUCUCUCUCUCUCUCUCUCCCUCUCUGCCCCCAAGACUCUCUACUGCGUCGUCCGAGCACAAGUCAUGAUGAUUAUCCAGACCACCAUGACCCGAGCCACCCACUACUAAUCAAAUCAGCUCGCUAUACAACCACCACUCGUCGCCAUCAUCAUCUCUCGUCAUCCGCCUCUCCGUCCGCAUCCCCAACCGAAUGCAUAAGUACUUGUACUCAUGUACCUCGUCUGAUACAGUCACACCCAACACCCUCCAUACCGACUCCUUAUUCGUGGACCACCAUUUCUCCCCCUUCUGAUCCAGGGGCUCGCACACACUUUCCCAUAUCUACACAUCUCUAA